CUCGCUCGCAACAACCUAUAUACACUCAAACCCGUGACGGCCGCUAGCUGGCUGUCGCUACGCCGACAAUGUCGAAGUUUGCACCUACAAUCCGGAGUGCUGGAGGACAUGAGGACUCGCGGGCUUGUGGCAGACAUCACUAGACCCGACCAACUAGAAAUUGAGCUACAGAAGCAGCCGCAGACCGUCUACCUUGGAGUAGACCCAACCGCGCGCUCCCUUCACGUCGGACACCUCGUGCCACUACUGUCGCUAUUCCAUUUUCAGCUCCGUGGACACCAAAUCAUACCGCUGAUAGGUGGAGCAACAGGGCUUAUUGGUGACCCUUCUGGACGUUCGACAGAGCGGCCGCUAACUGCGCGCGAGACCAUCGAGUACAAUGUCGCUCAACUCACUGCAGGGAUCAAACAAUUCUUUGAGAGAGCACAAAAGUAUGCAGAGAAGCGUAUACCCUCCUCCCUGCGAGUACUCCCGCCCAACGUUCAAAACAAUUUCAAUUGGCUGAAGGAUCUCAGCCUUCUGGAAUUCCUUCGUACCGUCGGAUUCCAUAGCAGAGUGAACACCAUGCUCACGCGCGAGAGCGUGCAAGCGCGUUUGUCAUCCCAACAAGGAAUAUCCUUCACCGAAUUCACAUAUCAACUCCUCCAAGCCUAUGACUUCUUGACCCUGCACAAGACCUUUGGCUGCACCAUUCAGGUCGGCGGCUCCGACCAGUGGGGAAACAUCAUAGCCGGAAUCGAUCUCAUAAACCGUGCCAACUCCCAGGAAUCCGGCGCACUUGUCGAAAAGGGCUUCGGCAUAACCACGCCGUUGCUCACGACGGCGUCGGGCCAGAAGUUUGGAAAGAGCGCCGGCAACGCCAUCUCGCUCAACGAAGAUGACACGAGCGUGUUUGAAUUAUAUCAAUUUUUCCUGAGGUCGUCAGACGCGGAUGUUGGACGAUACUUGAAAAUGUUCACCCUCCUAUCGCUGGAGCGUGUCGACACCGUCAUGGAGACGCACAACCAAAAUCCGGAAGCGCGUAGCGCACAGCGUCUCCUCGCGGAGGAGGUUACAGAGCUCGUGCAUGGCGAGGAUGGCGUGGCGCGCGCACGGCUCGCGACCAAGAUCAUAUACGAGCGUGAUAUUUCCACCGCGAAGACCGACAACGUCCUCGCGGCGCUGCGCGGCAACCCGGUCCUCCAUGUCUGUGACGCGUCAGAAGUGCUCGACGUACCGCUCACCAAACUAGCCACGACGCUCUCUGUAGCGUCCUCUAAUAACGCCGCGCGCCAGCUCGUGGCGUCGAAGGGCCUUUACCUCAACAACACCCCGGUUGCAGACGUCCAGCAGAAACUGACCCCCGCCGAUUUCAUCGACGAGCGGCUCGCCUUCCUACGCGCUGGCAGCCAGAAGGUUGCGGUUGUCGCCUUGAAGUAGUGGGCUGCGGUAGUUCAGCCGUCCACGCCCGUGUACUGCCGACUACAGCUCCUUUCGGGCUUUCACUGUUGGCGCCACGCAUGCUCCAGCCGUAUCAGCUGCUUAUUAUGCGAUCU